CGCUGCCACAAGCGUCGGGCUUCAAAGCAUCAAGGGUUAUGUGGCCAGAUUUACGACCAAAACGAGCAGAUGCCAAACGGCAAGAGGGUGAUCAGCGAACCUCUUCUGCACAUGUUCCAUAACGAGGCGAAUCCUACAUCCGUGAAUGGCUCCAAAGCCUGCCUAGACCCUGGUUCCCCUGCCCUCUCACCAUUAUCUACAGCUUUGGACCCCUUUUGGCCGGACUUAGUUGCCUCAGUGGGCAGGUAA